AUGGAUCCCAGCAAGCUGUUGGUCAUAACAGAAGAUGUGAUACCCGAUGUUGUUGAAAUGGAUCAAAAAAAGGUGAUUCGUGUUAAUCCCCUCGACUUGCCACCCAUCAAAGAAGAUCCCAAUAAAAUGAGCGAAGAUUCAUCGCUGUACAAAAUUCAAUCGAUAAAACCCUACAAGGGCAAACGUAAAUAUGCCAAUUCUCAAAAUAUGCGUCGCCUUAAGGGACCGGCUGAAGCCAGCAGAGCCAACGAUGGUACUCCAGUGGCCGAUUCACCCAUCGUACGAGGAUUGCCACCAGCCAGCGAACCAAAGUUUGUAAAACCUAAACAUCAGCCAAAAAAGAAACAUUUACAUUUUCUUUACAAUCAGGACGAUUUGUUAGGUGAUGUAGUAACGAAGACAAUGCGUGUCCAUGUAGCACCGGGAGCCUAUCCAGUCUUUUAUGCUGUGGCCAAGACAAAUGGCAGUUUCGGUAAAUAUCCAUUGAAGAAUUUCAGUAGCGCCCGGGAAUUUAGAAAAUAUUUACAAAAGAAUAAAGUGGAUAGUUUGGCAUUGGUGGAAACUGUGUAUGAUAAGGAAUUGCAAUGA